GAAACUAAUGCGAAGUUGCAAAAAAGUCAAUUAUCAUCAUAUUAAUUGCUAAAAUAUUAAAACAAUUUGAUUGACAAAUUAACUAGUCUAUUUUACAAUAUAACAUUAGUAGUGAGUAUAAACAUAUGCAUUCUGNUCCUCUCUUGCUUCAGAAGAAGAAAAUGAUUUUGAGUUUGUUAAUAGAGAAGAUGUCUCCUCUCUUGCUUCAGAAGAAGAAAAUGAUUUUGAGUUUGUUAAUAGAGAAGAUGUCUCCUCUCUUGCUUCAGAAGAAGAAAAUGAUUUUGAGUUUGUUAAUAGAGAAGAUAUUGAUCUGAAAGAAGAAAGUAUUGCAGGAUUUACUAAAGAAAAGUUGUCAGAAAUGUGUACUUUUUCUAAGAUGGCUCAUUGUUCCAAUGACGAAACGUUGUCUAAGAAAGGGUACAAAACUAGAGAUAAGCUUUCUAAAGAAAAAUAUCGCGUUACUUUGUUUAAUUAUAGUAAUGGAAGAGAUGCUGGUCUCAUUUUUAAAAAAGGCAAAGAAGUAACUAUAGCUUAUUGUGGGAGUCGAACCAUCGGAGAUUUUAUAACCGGAGGUAGUGUACUGCCAACCAUUCCUUCGUUUUUAGUUGAUGAACGUGGAAAAAUAUAUGGAAGAGUACAUAAAGGUUAUUACAACGCAUUUCAAGACUCUUUUAACGCACUUGAAUCUGAACUUGAACAUUAUGCUAAAGCACAAAAUUUAGAAAUUAAAGAUCUUAAAAUUAAUUUCACUGGUCAUAGUAUGGGAGGGGCUCUUGCAAAAAUAGCUGCUUUAUGUCUCAACAAAACAAAAGGUGCUCAAGAUAUACAUGUUGCAACUUUUGGUGACCCACGAGUUUUUUUCGAAGAUGCUAAAGAAGCUUAUAAUGAAGUUCUUGGAGAAAACACUAUUAGAGUCUCUCAGCAUAGACAAGACCCAGUACCAGCAGUGAUACCUGGUGCUGCUGGCUAUGCUCACGUAGGUACACAAUUAAGAAUAGAAAAAUCACCAAGCGAUUUUCCACAUAAAAUGGAUGGUUACUAUGGAGUCAUUAAAGGACAUCAACAGUAUCAUUUUCGACCAAAUAAUAGCGCAUCUCUCUUUUAUUAUCCCGUUCAAGGAUUAAAGGUUCUUAACUGUAUGAUUUUAGGUAAUAGUCAGAGCGCCAUUGUGAAUUAUUCAGGAAAGCAGUAUUCAACUCCAACUGAGGAAAAAUGGUACAAGGAAGCCUUGUCUCUUGCGAAAGUUAAAAAGGAGUCUAAUACAGGUAAUAAUCCUAAUACAAAAAUCAACCUCAAUCAAAUCAAUCAAGUUGUUGGAGAAAUUAGGUAUUUAUAGUUAAAUUGAGUGUAUGGUCCCAAAGUAUGAUGGUGAAGAUUAAG